CCGUUCUCUUCCCCCAAUUCCUUCUGUCACCGAGUUUCUUCAAUUUCACAGUGAAAAGCUUGAGCUUUGAGUUGUUGUUCGACUCGAAGCCGAAAUCAACAAAGAAAAAUGGGAUUUGGAGCCUUAAGAUCAAUUAUUCGACCACUGUCAAGGACCCUAGUAGCAUCCCGCACCUCCGCUUUCGCAACGUCGCCGUUUUCUGCUACUUCCGAGUUCCGAUCAGUUAUCGGUAGUCCAUUUCGCGGCCAAGCUCCAUGGUUUCCGAUUGUGAACCAUUUACACAGCCUAACAGAUACUCGCUUCCCAAAGCGACGACCCGUCGAUAAGUCUCGUCGAAAGAGGGCUACCAUGAAACCCCCAGGACCAUAUGCUUUUGUUCAGUACGUUCCUGGUGAACCAAUACUUCCCAACAGACCCAAUGAAGGAAGUGUGAAAAGAAGGAAUGAGAAGAAGCGUAUUAGGCUGCGUCUUGCUUUCAUUUCGUCAGAGAAAAGGAAAAGGAAGGCUGAGGUGCAAGAGGCUAAAAGGAAAAAGAACAUUAAGAAAAUAGAGCGAAAAAUGGCUGCGGUGGCAAGGGAAAGAGAGUGGGCUCAAAAACUGGCAGAGUUGCAGCGACUCGAGGAAGAGAAGAAAAAAUCUACCGCUUGAUAUUAUUUACUCAUUGAACUGCAUUAGGCAACUAAUUUUGCUUUUCUUGUUUAUUUUUUUACUCUCACUAACAGUGAGCAUGUGAGAAUUUAUUUUUCUAGAUCAAUAUCAGUAACUUGCCUUGCAACAAUUUUUCUCUAUAUGCUAAUAGUCUUGCUUGUGCAGCAGGAGGGUAAGGACUUAUUAUUUUGUUGCUGUUGUUGUUGUAAAGUUAAGGUUCAAUUUUGUUCUAUCAUCUUUUUUUGACUGUUCCAAAUUCAUGUGUUAUAUAAGUUGACUUUGUCAAA